UGUUCAAUGUGAUUGGUGUCCAAUGGACAUUAAUACGACUGGUAUUCUUUAUACUUUGCCUUAUGCCUUUGAUACAUUCUAUUGUACAGAUGGUAGUCGAUCGAAAUCGACAAGUCUUAACGAUUUGGAUUAUUCAUCUUAUUAUCAAGUACAAACACUUGAACAUAUUCAUCGUAAACAAAAUCUUGGUGAAGUCUUACCACUUUUCUCGUUUCAAUUUCUCAACAUUCGCCAUCUUAAAGUCAUACUUCCGUUCAAUGAUAACUUUUGGUCAGUUAUUCCAACAUUAGAUCGCUUGAUUUCACUUGAUGCAACAUUAAAUCGAGAUCUUGGUUAUCCUCAAUUACAAGCAUUGCUUGAUAGAGCUCCUCGUCUCUAUUCAUUGAGUUUUUGUCAUUUGAAUAACUUCUCAAUGGCAUCAUUCAAUAUCAGUAGUACAUCAAUUCGUCGACUUGAAUUAUUUCAAAAGUUUAGUUAUGGUUUGCGAUAUUUUAAUAGUACAGAAUGUUGUAUUUUGGCUGUUGCUAUAUGGAUGGAUAUAGGUGUGGAUAUGGAUGAAACUCUAGUUAGAUAA